AUGGAGGACGAUCACUGGCACUUCCUGCUGUCCUGGUGCCAGCACCUCUCCUGGCGUCUGCAGUAUGUGAAAGGGGCGCUCGAAGACGACCCAGAGCUGCGCUUCCGUGGUAUCGAGGCUCUGGCGCUGCUAUCAGCUGUGGCACACGUCGACAAUGCAGCUUGGAAGAAGCUCCUAAUCGACCAUGUAAAACUGAGCGUCAACAGCCAAGAGGAACUAUUCGAGGAGGGGGAAUUCCCACCCCGAUUCCAGCUUGCACUGGUCGGCGGCGGACCUGACGGCGACGGGGAGCUGUUGAGGGGCAUCACUGACUUCUGCGGGACACAGCAGUACACCGCCCAAAGUGAUAAAUACAGGGAAGCUCUGGCUGCAGUUGCAGCUCUGAACGGCGAGAAAUCGUGCACGGGGUCGACGGAGAUCGAGGUCCCGAUCACGGUGCAGUUGGGGCCGUGGCUGACGAACAGCAGCGGCGAAAUGUUCGCUUAUCUCCGGAGGGUGCAGGAGACGGUUAGGAACAUUCGCACGCAAUGGCAACAGGGCUUGGAUCGGACGCAAGUGGAAAGCCUGCCGAAAGAUGGCGUCCGAGUGUCGGCUUUCGCGUUGAGGCAUGAACUCAGUCAGGAGUUGACAUCGAAUGGCAGCUUAGCAGAAGCUCGUAAAGUUGUCAGCAGACUCACGUUUGGACUGUUUGGCGACGCAAAGAAGCUAAGUGGGUGGGAACAUUUUGACUUUGAAGCGACCAGCAUGACUGGGCCUUUAGUGGCCGAGUACGGACACGCACAGCAGCUCGCUCUCAGCUCUUUGAAUUUUGAUAGUGAGGCUAUGCAGAACUGGGUCUUCGACCGCAUUUGCUCGGCUAUUGCGGUUAGCCAGACGACGAAGCAUCUCUCGUUGGACCUGGAGCUUGCAGACGGAGAGGACGACGACGAUGGAGACUGGGCGCUUUGUCGCUGGAGGUGGCAGUGGAUCGUCUUUGCCUGCUUCUCGGAGAAAGCGCGCCUCCAUUCGCGGCUCGAAAGCCUCACGCUUCGCAACGCUGUAAUUACGACUGAAGCGGUGGAGGCCAUGGCGGAGGUGCUAGCGUCUGAUGCACCAGAGGAGACUCUGCUAGGCAUUGCAUCUCAACCGUCUGAUCCAGCAAUGGACAUUUGCAUCAAGGCUAACUUCCCUAUUAAAGAGAUCAGUGGCGUGAGAAUAUUAUUCAAAGAUGGCAAGAGCGAUUGGACAGACGUCUUGGUACCUGGGUUUGGCAAGUGCCAGGUGCAGCGCUCUAGUCUAGUCACCAGAGAACUCACUCUUCCAUCCAACGGACUUGCUGGCUUGCUUCUUCUCAUCGGCGCUUCGCUGACGCAUCUUACGCUCGAGUUUGAGGACUUUAACACGAGCGAGCUGGAAGGGAUCGUAGCGAGCUGCCCGAAUCUGGUCGAACUAGCGGUGUGCACUCACACCAUCGAGCUGCGCUUCUGUCUGCGCGACAUCAAUUACCGAGACUUGGCGCUGGACCCCGACUCGCACGUCUCUUUGUGGUGGGGCAUCGAACAACUCGCUGAAGUUCUUUGCGACUCUGAGAAUCCGCUCACAAAGUGCGCUCGACGUCUGCGCGUUCGCAUGGACCAGAGGUCCGUAGCCCAUUCGUACGACGAAUGCUACGCUGCGCUGUUGAAGAUGCUGGAAAUGAACCGCACGUUGGAGUAUCUGGAUAUUGUGGCGCAGCGCUCGCACAUGACGCACUACAACGAGUUCAAGGCGCACCACCUCGAGUCACUUCCGUUGGUGCGGACAGUUCUCUCUAUGGAUUGCAAGGCUGCGUUUUUGAGCGUCAUGGUGGCCGGGUAUGGGGGCAUUGCCGAUAACAAGCGAAGGAAACAACCAUCACCGCUGCCGUCGCUUGACCAGCAUGUUAUUGUCUGCAUUUUCGACUUUGCAGCGCCAUCCGUGACGCGUCGAGUGUACUUCCGAGAGUACGAUUUCUUCGAGACUGCGCGUCACUACGUGCCGAUUUGA